UCCCCUGCAUAUCUCUCCCAUUUCUAUCAAAAUUGGAAUGGUCAGCAGUCAUAUUUAAUUGCACUUUUUAAAAAUAAGACGACCCGUAUGAAUUAAGAAAGCAUUACCAAGUUGCAUACUUGCAUUUCAAGAGAAUGGGAAGUGCACUGCCCUUUAUCUGCUGCUACCAAUCGCCAUAUACAAAAUCAGAUGUACCAAAGCUUGGGGUAGGGUCCAUUUCCAUCUGGGAUUUGAAGGCUGUCGGCCCUUCAAUAUGGAGUUCACUGCUCAGACAUUAAUUCCCACGUUCAUGAGAAUCGACCAUGUCCACUCGUUCGUGUGUGCCCUCACAAAGAUGACCGACUCCACCCGGCAACACCAGCAAACAAACACACUAGAAUCCCACUACGAUUUCAAUUUCAACCCACAUCUGAAGACCCAACCAUUUUGGAAAAGUAACCAUCCAUGAGGACUGAAGUCGGAAAGAAGACGGCAAAAUGCUGGGCCCUGGCCCCUCGCCCUUUAUGUGUUUGAUGAUAUUCUGCAGUGGGUUUGGUUUGCCACUUGCAGGCCAGGGCGCGGUGGAAGAAACUGAUGAACAUGAGCUGAACGUUUGUGACGAAGACUAUGUUGACUGGAGGAAGAGACCUGCUGUGAGAGGACGCCAUGGAGGGAUGCUCGCUGCCUCCUUUGUAUUGGUUGUUGAAGUAUUGGAGAAUCUAGCGUACCUGGCCAAUGCAAGCAAUCUUGUUCUGUAUCUGUCUAAGUUCAUGCAUUAUUCUCCAUCCGGUGCUGCCAACAUUGUCACCAAUUUUAUGGGCACAGCUUUCUUUCUCGCUCUCCUUGGUGGCUUUCUAGCAGAUGCUUUCUUCACCACUUAUUCUAUCUUCUUGAUAAGUGCUGCAAUAGAAUCCUUGGGUCUGCUAAUUCUCACCCUCCAAGCUCAUGUACCAAAUCUGAAGCCACCCACAUGCUUUCCAAAUCAACCCGGCGGUCCAUGCCGGAGGGUUGGGGGUGGGGAAGCGGUGAUGUUAUUCGCCGGGCUUUACCUGGCCGCGCUGGGAGUCGGAGGGAUAAAAGGGUCGCUUCCUCCUCAUGGGGCUGAGCAGUUCGAUGGGACCACCUUAGAAGGAAGAAAGAAAAGGUCUGCAUUCUUCAACUACUUCAUAUUCUGUCUUUCCUGUGGAGCUCUAAUUGCUGUGACUCUCGUGGUGUGGAUAGAAGAUAACAAAGGCUGGAAGUGGGGUUUUGGGAUCUCCACUCUUACAAUAGUAAUCUCUAUCCCUAUUUUCCUCCUUGGUUCGCCUACUUACAGAAUUAAGACUCCGGCAGGGAGCCCAAUCACCACCAUCUUCAAGGUUCUAGCUUCAGCUGCUUUCAACUGUAGAAAAUCAAAGAGGUUGAAUAAAGUUGUGAUGAGUAUGUCCACAAGUUCAGUCUCUUCAGACAGGGAUGUCGAUGAUCAUCACCAUAUCCAGAGCCAGAGUAGAGAAAAGAACCCAUCUGACGAUCAAGAUUCAACAGAUCAAGGGUUGGAGUUCCUGAAUAAAGCAGCAAUCAACAACCCCGACCACCCACAAGUUCUAAAAUGCACAGUGAAACAAGUAGAAGAAGCCAAAGCAGUAGUAAGAACAUUCCCCAUUUUCGGGUCCACCAUAAUGCUCAACUGCUGCCUCGCCCAGCUCUCCACAUUCUCCGUCCAACAAGCCGCCACAAUGAACACCAAACUGGGUUCCCUAAAGGUCCCCCCCGCCUCUCUCCCGGUUUUCCCAGUCCCGAAGCGGUACAGCUACACCUACAGGUCCACCGGGGGGGAGCCAUCUUUUAAGAAACAACGCAAUUCUCUUGACAUUUUAGUGGUUUGAGUGUUGAGAGGUGGUUCUUCUUCUUCAUUUGGUGUAAUGGAAUAAAUAAACUGAGAUGGUGGUGGUGGUGGUAGUGAGAGAGAUGUAUCGAGAGGGGCAUCAUGUUAUGUAUAUGUAUGUGGGUUCGAAUUUUCAUGUGUUACCCGAUGGGCAAUCUAGAAUUUCAUGUAAAGGACCCCAAAUUCAUAUAAAUAUAAUCGGAUAAUAGUAGUUGCCAAUC